CUAAGAAAUCCCAGUUUAAUUUAGAAGGAAAAGAUCCAUUAUAAAAGAAGAUCAACCCAUUGUUGAAAGGAUCCCUAUUGAAAGCAAUAACACACACACACACUCACUCUCUCUCUCUCUCUCCUAUUCUUGUUUGGUUAAUUUCUUGGAGUUGUGUAAAGUGAGAUUUUUUCAGAAAAUCGGAGGAGAGAGAAGGGAAGAUGGGAAGCGGCGGAGACGUACCGUUCAAUUCGAAAUUCACAAUCUAUGUGGUUGCUUGUUGGAUUCUUGCAGCCUUUGGAGGCCUUAUGUUUGGUUAUGAUAUUGGAAUUUCUGGUGGAGUGACCGCGAUGGAAGAUUUCUUGAUCAAAUUCUUUCCUAAAGUCCACGAAAGAAAGCUACAUGCCAAGGAAGACAACUACUGCAAGUACGACGAUCCAUUGCUUCAGCUCUUCACUUCGUCGUUGUACCUUGCCGCGCUCGUUGCGAGCUUUUUCGCGUCCAAGGCUUGCACCAUACUUGGCCGCAAGUACACGAUUUUCUUGGCGUCGCUCUUUUUCCUGGGCGGGGCUGGAAUGAGUGCCGGAGCUCAACAUAAGUGGAUGCUUAUCAUCGGGAGGAUUCUUUUCGGCAUUGGAGUUGGUUUUGGCAAUGAGGCUGUUCCGGUGUUCUUGUCAGAGGUCGCACCGGUCCAACACAGAGGGGCGGUCAACAUUCUCUUCCAGCUCUUUGUAACAAUUGGAAUCCUGAUAGCAAGUUUAGUCAACUACAACACAUCCACAUUGCACCCAUAUGGAUGGAGGUUAUCACUAGGGCUGGCAGGGAUUCCCGGCGUAGUCCUGUUUUUCGGUUCGAUGAUCCUAACGGAAACCCCAGCCAGCCUGGUCGAACGCGGAAAGGACGCGAAAGGGAAAUCUGCCCUGAAAAGAAUCAGGGGAGUCGAUGAAGUGGACGACGAAUAUGAAGAAAUAAAAAAGGCUUGCGAAGUAGCCAAGCAAGUCAAGCAGCCGUUUAAGAAACUGAUGAAGCGAGAGAGCAGGCCGCCGUUGAUCAUUGCGAUCAUGAUGCAAGUGUUCCAGCAGUUCACGGGGAUCAACGCGAUAAUGUUUUACGCGCCUGUUCUGUUUCAAACGAUGGGGUUCAAGAACGAUGCAUCGUUGCUGUCCGCGGUUAUUACCGGCUCUGUGAAUGUGUUGAGUACUUGUGUCUCGAUCUACGCCGUCGAUAAGUGUGGAAGGAGGGGGUUGCUCCUUCAAGCCUGUUUCCAAAUGCUGAUUUCUCAGGUAGCAAUUGGUGUGAUUUUACUGGUUUUCUUGAAAAACACCGGCACAAUGAACUCUUCGCUCGCGAUCGUCGUGGUGAUCCUCGUGUGCACCUUCGUUAGCUCCUUCGCUUGGUCGUGGGGCCCGCUCGGGUGGUUAAUCCCCAGCGAGACCUUCCCUCUAGAGACCAGAACCGCAGGCUUUGCUUUCGCCGUCAGCUCGAACAUGCUCUUCACUUUCCUCAUCGCCCAGGUGUUCCUAUCGAUGCUUUGUAAAAUGCGAGCCUACAUAUUCUUCUUCUUCUCCGCGUGGAUUCUGGCCAUGGGGAUCUUUGUCUGCUUCCUAGUGCCGGAAACAAAGGGUGUGCCGAUCGAUGCCAUUGUCGAGAGGGUGUGGAAGCGGCAUCCGGUGUGGAAGAAGUACAUGGAUAAUAAAGACGAUAACGGUGGCACGAAGGCUAUGGAGAUGGCUUGACUAAAUAGAAAGAAGCUCUGUUUGGAUUUGGGAUCGAAAUCUUCUCUCCUUAGCCGUGGACUUUGUUUUCUGCCUUUCGGGUCUAAACUGUUUUUCAUAUUGAGUCCUUAUAAGUCUGCUUUCGCAGAAACUCAUCGGAAACCUUCCCUUUUCUUCUUUCUAGUGGUUUUCUUAGCUCAAGAUUUUGAACAAUUUUGUAGUGAGCUUUAUUCCCAAUUGUUACCACAAAGUGUUCC